GGAGGUGAGGCACUUCCGGUCCGAAGCUCCGUGGCCGGAUGACGUGGCUGAGCGGCCGCUGAGAGGGUGGCGGGUGUCGGAAUAGGGCCAGUUACAGCAGCCGGAGGAGGACCAGCAGGAAGCGGUUGGUAGGAGGGACUACCGAAGGAGCCUCCGCGACAUCGCCGCUGUUCGUCACGAAGUGCCAGGGCAGGAUGAGGCCGCUAACGCUGGUGCUGCUGUGUGUGUCCGUACUGUGUGUCACGGCGGAUGAACAUGAGCACACGUAUAAUGACAAGGAAGAAGUUGUUUUAUGGAUGAACACGGUGGGACCGUAUCACAAUCGGCAAGAGACAUACAAAUACUUCUCCCUGCCUUUCUGCGUGGGGACUAAGAAAAGUAUUAGCCACUACCAUGAAACUUUAGGGGAAGCUCUUCAGGGAGUGGAGUUGGAAUUUAGUGGCUUGGAUAUUAAAUUUAAGGAUGAUGUCAUGCAGACAAGUUAUUGUGAAAUUGAUUUGGACAAAGCCAAGAGAGAUGCAUUUGUUUAUGCAAUCAAGAACCACUAUUGGUACCAAAUGUAUAUUGAUGAUCUACCAAUCUGGGGUAUCGUAGGCGAAGCCGAUGAAAAUGGAGAAGAUUAUUAUCUUUGGACUUACAAAAAACUAGAAAUAGGUUACAACGGGAAUCGUAUUGUAGAUGUAAAUCUUACCAGUGAAGGAAAAGUCAAACUUGUCCCAAACACCAAAGUCCAGAUGUCGUACUCUGUUAAAUGGAAGAAAUCUGAUGUUCGAUUUGAGGAUCGUUUUGAUAAAUACCUCGACCCUUCAUUUUUCCAGCACAGAAUACAUUGGUUUUCAAUCUUCAAUUCUUUCAUGAUGGUUAUUUUCCUGGUGGGCUUGGUGUCCAUGAUUUUGAUGCGCACCUUAAGGAAAGAUUAUGCUCGAUACAGUAAAGAAGAAGAAAUGGAUGAUAUGGACAGAGAUUUGGGUGAUGAAUAUGGUUGGAAACAGGUCCAUGGUGAUGUUUUUAGGCCAUCAAGUCAUCCACUAAUGUUUUCGUCUUUGAUUGGAUCCGGGUGCCAGAUCUUUGCUGUAUCGCUCAUUGUAAUCAUUGUUGCCAUGAUUGAAGAUCUAUACACAGAGAGGGGAUCCAUGUUAAGUACAGCUAUAUUUGUCUAUGCAGCAACAUCUCCGGUAAAUGGCUAUUUUGGAGGAAGCCUUUAUGCUAGGCAAGGAGGUAGAAGAUGGAUAAAGCAAAUGUUUAUUGGAGCUUUCCUUAUCCCAGCAAUGGUUUGUGGGACUGCGUUCUUUAUCAACUUCAUUGCAAUGUAUUAUCACGCUUCAAGGGCAAUCCCAUUUGGUACUAUGGUUGCCGUGUGCUGCAUUUGUCUCUUUGUGAUACUUCCAUUGAACCUGGUGGGGACUAUUCUUGGUCGGAACUUGGCAGGACAGCCCAACUUCCCUUGUCGCGUCAAUGCUGUCCCACGUCCCAUUCCAGAGAAAAAAUGGUUCAUGGAGCCGGCUGUCAUCGUUUGCCUGGGUGGCAUUUUACCUUUUGGAUCCAUUUUUAUUGAAAUGUAUUUCAUUUUCACUUCAUUCUGGGCGUAUAAGAUCUAUUACGUUUAUGGAUUUAUGAUGCUGGUGCUCGUUAUCCUCUGCAUUGUAACUGUUUGUGUGACUAUUGUAUGUACAUACUUUCUCCUUAACGCAGAGGAUUACAGGUGGCAAUGGACAAGCUUUCUUUCGGCUGCAUCAACUGCAAUCUAUGUUUACAUGUACUCAUUUUACUACUACUUUUUCAAAACUAAGAUGUAUGGAUUGUUUCAAACAUCAUUUUACUUUGGAUAUAUGGCCGUGUUUAGCACAGCCUUGGGAAUCAUGUGUGGAGCAAUUGGUUAUAUGGGAACAAGUGCCUUUGUUCGAAAAAUUUACACUAAUGUGAAAAUUGACUGAGGAAAUCCAAGAGGAAUGGGAACUUUGGAUCGGCUACUACUUUUUCUGGGGUGCGGGUGAAAAAUGCACAUUAGUGCCAGAAGAGAUUGGGUUUUAACACUGGGUACUGUGUUGGUCUCCGUUAUGUGGAUGGCUUAAAACGGCAUCUAUUUCAUUGAUCCUUGGUUCUUACUGACUGCUUUCUCCAACCGUUCGCAGAAAAUGCUUGGAUAAUAUGCAGUAAGCAUUACUACAGUACAUGGCUAAUCUUCCCAAAAACUAGCUCAUUAAAGAUGAAUAGACUAGCUCUCUUCAGUGAAGAGGACAAACAGUUUAUUUAAGGCAUUUGUUCCAUUAAAUAAAAAGAGGGAAACUUGGCUGCUCAAACUAGUUGAUUAGUAGUCUUCUUGGUACCUUCUAAAUGCUCUAGAAAUGCUGUUCCAGGAAACCUCCUUUUCUCUAAUUUUUGUUGCCACUUUAAAGAUGGGUGUUUAUAUUUUGACUGUGGUGUCCAUUAUUAUGCAGUGUUAAAUAUAGCUGCACCUGUUUUGUUACAAAAAAAAGAAAAAAAAAAUGAAAGAAAAAAAAAAUCCCUUGUACGUAAUAACCUUCCAUAUAAAUGGACCAGUUUCCCACAUAUUUAUCUCUGAAACAAAUGAAAUGGCAGUCCAGAAAUCAAUAGAAUGAAAUAGGAAAACAGGUGUUCUUUCCACUGCAAUUUAUUGUAUAACUGAAUGGGAAAACAGUUGAAGAGAUUGUUUUGUUUUUUUUAACCAUUUUCAGGUCUAGAUUAAAAAAAAAAAGAAAUCUUUUAACAAAAUUCCAAUGUAAUGUCCGUAGAUUCAAAUUAAUUUUGUUUCCAUGUGUUUUGGUUUUUUUUCGGUCGAGGGGGAGGGCCUCAACAAAGGCAUUUUUUCUUAAAAUGUAAAAGGGGAGUUGUAUAUAACAUUAAAUAAUGUAACUUAGGUUUAGAUCCCAAUGUAUUUGGAUGUACAGGUUUACUACAGAGUACUUUUUUCUGACAAUGGUUCAUUGUAUAAAAUCUGUGGAGUCCGGUGGCUUUUACAUCUUGCUUGCCAUUGCAUGAGGCUAUGGUUUUCUCAAUGAUGUGUGUAUGUUAGCUUUUUCUUUCCUCUGAAGCUCCUACAUGAAAUGUCAAAUUUGUAAUUUAGAAACAUCUAAUUUUUUGUUAAUCCUGUCUGGACACUUGUGAAACAUCUGAAGCACUGCGGCUUUAGGGUGUUCAGAAAACUGAAAUAAAAUUUUCAGACAAAUCGUCUUGCUUUAAAAA